AUGAAUGAUACUGUAGCUCGCAAGACAGAACGUUCUCAUGAGGAAAAUCAAGAACGUGCAUAUAUUGCCGCUUCGAGGAGAGCAGACAGAAGUAUAGAGGCUCGAGUCCAGUCGGCUCGCCAGGCAAGCGAAAUCCACAAGAAGCGCACUGGAAAGGGCUUCAAAAUCACCGAGGAUAUCGUCAUGAAGGAAGAAAUGUAUGAAGAGGAAGAUGAUGAUAUGCCACGCUCUAUUCAUCUUCUCACUGCACACAUGGCCACGCAGUCUGCCCAAAUGAACUCCAGACUGGAGAGCUAUCUCGCAAACAAGGUGGCAUUUUCCCAUGCACUCGCUCAGUCUAACAUGGCUUGGCGAAAUCAUGGUGUCAAUCGGGCAUUUGCGGAGUCCUUCCCAAACGCCUUACCGCCUCAUCCACCGAAUAUCUCUCAGCCUCCAAAUGGCUCAGAGAAUGUCAAUCUGCCCAACCAAGGCAUUCAUCAACGUUCUGAAUGCUAUUCUCCUCCACCGGCCUAUUCCCCACCGGCCUACUCUCCUACAAACUAUUCACCUGCACCCUUCUCUCCAGGCCUGCCAGCUUCGAUGUCUCCGACAGCACCGGCAACUGGAUCAGGAUCACUGGCGCAGUCUACACAUCCCUUUGUGUCAUCUUUCCCAUACCAGCCUGCAAGAAAUGACAACAGGAGACGUUCGCGAACGUCUAUAUCACCAAACAGAAGACGGCGACAUGCACACACCAAGUCACCACCCGCACUAGGAAGACAGGCAAAUUUGUCACCCCCAGCAACACCAACUUCAGCAACUACUCCAAGUCUAGACAGCAACUUGACCGCGGAUACACCCAGUGAUUCAUUUGAACCAACCGCUACCCCUGGUGACGCAUCUGCAUUUACAACAGUGUUGCCUGCAGAAGCGCGUAUGAUCUUGGACGGCGUUGGUGCUGAUGAUGUUCUGUGCCAGACUCUGGCUGGCCAGGACCUAUUCAACGGUCAGGGCGGCUUUUCACAGCCAUGGAUGGACCCGUCAGUUGUAUACGACUCGUCCAGCAUGCCGCGUGCCUCUUCGAUGGACGGGUUAGAUCCUGGAUUUGUAUCAAAUCUGUAUGGGAAUGGCACAAUUGACUCAAUGGCGUCUAAGUGUGCCAUGCCUCCACCCACUGACGAGGAGUCAUGGAGCGUAUUCAUCAACGAAAAUAUUUGGAUGGCCGACCAAAAUCAGUAA